GAUAUUACUGUGAUCGCAGUUUAUUUUGUAUUUCUUUCUGGGGUUGUUGUUAUGUCUAUGUGUAGGAAGAACCGGGAAAGUGUACAAGGAUACUUUUUAGCUGGACGGAAUAUGCUAUGGAUUCCUAUCGGGGCAUCAAUGUUUGCCAGCAAUAUUGGUAGUGAACAUUUCAUUGGCCUCGCUGGAAGUGGUGCAGCAUCUGGGAUAGCUGUUGUGGCUUUCGAAUGGGGCGCUGUAUUAUUACUAUUGUUACUUGGAUGGGUAUUCUUACCGAUAUAUCUCAAAUCGGGUGUGUAUACUAUGCCAGAGUAUUUAGGUAGAAGAUUUGGUGGAAACAGAAUGAGAACGUAUCUCAGUUUGGUGGCUCUUAUGUUAUACAUAUUAUCAAAAAUAUCGGUAGAUAUUUAUGCGGGUGCAGUGUUUAUUCAACAGGCUCUGGGAAUAAAUCUCUACUUAUCUGUUAUACCGCUGUUAGUGAUAACAGCCAUUUACACCAUCGCUGGAGGUUUGGCAGCUGUGGUUUUUACAGAUACUUUACAAACUGUAAUUAUGUUAAUAGGAUCAAUUAUUUUAACGGUUUUAGCUUUUAUAAAAGUUGGUGGCCUUCCAGAAUUAUAUUACAAAUAUUUUGACGCUGUCCCCGAAGCAGUUCGCAAUGGAACUAUAAACAAUACGUGUGGACUACCUCGAGAAGAUGCCUUCCAUAUAUUUCGUGAUCCCGUCAAUUCAGAUCUUCCUUGGCCUGGUAUCAUUAUAAGGUCAACAUUUGCUUCACUUUGGAACUGGUGUGCUGAUCAGGUCAUGGUCCAAAGAGCACUGGCAGCAAAGAAUAUGGCUAACGCCAAGGCGGCAACCAUUUUAACUGGAUAUUUGAAAUUUCUGCCGUUAUUUAUUAUUAUAUUUCCCGGAAUGAUCAGCAGAGUGCUAUAUCCAGAACAGGUUGCAUGUGCUGAUCGUGAUACAUGUGAACAAGUGUGUGGUAAUCCAGCAGGUUGUUCUAAUAUAGCUUACCCAACCCUUGUGCUCGAAUUGGCACCUAUAGGGCUGAGAGGACUACUUAUGGCUGUCAUGGUAGCAGCAUUAAUGAGUUCCCUCACAUCUAUUUUCAACAGUGCAGCAACAGUUUUCACAAUGGAU